GUUUUGUAACGCUAGUGCCACACUUCCAAAAUGAACCAAGUUGGCGGGAUAAAAUUUUCCCCAAAAUUCCAAAACCCGCCACUGAGAAACAACCAAUUGGAGAACUCCUAAACCUGAAAAACACGGUGCGUAUAAUCAAUAAGGCUCACCGGAGAUAUUCAACGGGCCCCGCAAUAACAUGGGUCGAAAAGAGGAACCGAACCAGCAACAGCAGCUAAACGCAGCAAAGAGGGCGUACAAGGCCGCGGCGGCGGAGGGGAACCGGCAGGAGGAGGCACGUUGGGCCAAUACGAUCGGGAACAUACUCAAGAACCGAGGCGAGUAUGUGGAGGCUCUCAGAUGGCUGCGCGUGGACUACGACGUUUCCAUCAGAUAUUUGCCGGAUAAGCAGCUGCUCGCCACUUGUCAGUCUCUUGGUGAAGUCCACCUCCGCCUUCAACAGUACAAUGAUGCCCUAAAGUAUCAGACAUCCCUUGUUGAGUUAAAGGCGUUUCCUGAACGCGAGAAAAAGCAUUUAGAUCUAGCUAAGCAUGAAAACGACCUCAUCGAGCAACAAAGAGCCAUGACUCAGCUAGGGCGAACUUACCAUGAAAUGUUUUUGAAUUCGGAUGAUGACCAUACUGCAGUUCGGAAUGCCAUGAAAUAUUUCAUUUCAGCUAUGAAACUUGCAGAAACUAUUAAACUGGAUCCGCUUAUGAGAGGUUCCUUUUUGAAAGAGUACGUUGAUGCCCAUAAUAACAUCGGGAUGCUUGAACUGGAUCUCGAUAACUUGGAAGAAGCGGAGAGGAUUCUUCUCAAAGGACUGAAUAUAUGUGACGAUGAAGAGUUCAGUGAGGAUAUUGAUACGCGUAGUAGGCUCCAUCAUAACCUUGGAAAUGUUUACAUGGAGAUGAGGAAAUGGGUGAACGCCAAAAAGCACAUAGAAAAGGAUAUCAUAAUUUGUAAAAGAAUCAUGCAUCGUCAAGGGGAGGCGAAAGGAUAUGUCAAUCUUGGUGAGCUGAAUUACAGAACUCAAAGAUAUGAGGAAGCCAUUUCAUCAUAUCAGAAGGCUCUCGAACUUGCAAAAUCAUUGGAAGAUGAGCAUGCAUUAGCAAAUCAAAUCAGACAAAAUAUUAGAACUGUAAGAGAAGCAAUGGAAGUGAUGACUGAAAUAAAGAAAGAAGAGCAGAACCUUAAGAAGCUUGAAAGGAUUACGGAAACUGCCAGAGGCACAGAAAAUGAAAGGAAAUGCUUAAUGAAACAGAAUGCAUCACUUGACUGCCUUGUCGACAAAGCAAGGAUGAUCCUUUUAUGGAUAAAAUUUCGUGAAUUUGGGAAAAAGAAGAAGAGGUUAGCAAGUGAACUGUGUGACAAAGAGAAGCUGGGUGACUCCUUCUUAAUAGUUGGGGAGUCGUACCAGAAGCUACGUCAAUUCAGAAAAGCCCUUAAGUGGUUCCAGAAGGGUUGGGAAACCUUCAAGUCGAUUGGGAACUUGGAGGGACAAGCCUUGGCUAAGAUUAACAUUGGAAAUGUUUUGGACUCAGAUGGUGAUUGGGCAGGUGCUUUAGAUGCUUAUCAGAAGGGGAUUGCCAUUGAUGGAAAUCUUUAUUCCUCGCAGAUUUCUGCUCUUGAAAAUAUACACUAUAGCUAUAUGAUUCGCUUUGAUAAUGUUGAAGAGGCCAGGAGAACAAAAUUGUUGAUUGACAAAUUGAAACAAUCCAAAAAUGGAGGGUUUGAGCCUGAAGGUUCAAGGGACUGCUGUUCUGAAACUCAAUUGGAUAACCCAUCAACCGAUGACAGGUCUGAUGGUGGUUUUUCUCAGGAAAGUGGUAGGCUAAGUCCUCUGGUUGCAAAAUCUAGUGAUCUCGAUGAAUUAUUGGAUGACGACAUGCCUUUGGUAUCACUGCUUCAAUCCAACAGAAUCAUGGGAAAGCAGAAAACUAUUAGUGGAUUUGCAACCAAUGCUAUCACCAGACCAAGUGAAUCCUCUAAAGGGAGCUUGUCCACGUCUGCUGGCAGUUUAAACCGCAAACGCAUGCGGGUGAUCCUUUCUGAUGAUGAAGAUGAAAAGGAGGAUUCUUGCUGUGAAAGACUGGUCUGUGAGCAUCCAGUUGAAGGCAUUGCAACUUCUGAUGAAUUUACCAGAAAAUUUCCCAAUUGUCCAGCGAAUGAGGACCAGGAUGUUUCACCAGUUGCCUCAAGAUGUACUGUUGGUUCUCCUCUUGCCAAUCUUGAGAAUAGUGCUUGUUCCUACAAAUCCAGAAGUUCUAAAUUAGGCUUGCAGGACAGUAGACAUUUUAGAGUUAAUGGAACAUGUGAAGCUUUUGUUAAUUCUAAAGAUCAUGGAAUGGACAACAGUGUCCAUAUGGACUCCAGCAACUUCUGUCAAAAUAGGAUUUCCAGCUCACAUCUGCAAGCGUGCUGUGAUAAACCUUGUCAACACAUCAUUUUCAGAAUUGAUAAUGAAUCUGUACAUAUGGAUCUCGAUUUAUAUUGUACUGGCCGUAAACUUGACUUGGAAAAGCUGAAGGUUGAGUUGGCAUGCUUGUACUAUUUAAAGCUUCCCAGAGAAAAGAGAUCAAGAGGCAAAUAUGCAUCAAUAGCCACUGAUAACGAUGAUUCUGUGUCACCAGGAUUGGUGCCAGUCAUUCAACACAUGAAGUAUGGGGAGGUGGUUCUUGAAUCUAUGGAAACACUUCUUAGCAUAAGAGAGCAUGCACAAGGAGAGAACUGGAUUGAGGUUUCUGUUGGUGUUAUGGUUGCAAAACAUUUGUUGAAACUAUACAUUAACUGCUGCGAGGAAUUAUCAGAGUCACCAAAUUUGGAUGUGGUUCAGAAAUUGUAUAACUUAGAGGUGUCUGAGGAUGAAAUUAUGGUGUCUGAUUGUCAAUUGCGUGAUGUAUCAGUAGCACCAUUGUUGAAUGCUCUGCAAAUGCACAAGACUGUUGCUGUUUUGGAUCUAUCUCAUAAUCUAUUAGGAAAUGCAACCAUGGACAAACUUAAACAAGUAUUCAUAUCAUCUGGACAGAAUUAUGGUGGGUUAGUUCUAGAUUUGCAUUGUAAUCAACUUGGGCCAGCUGCUUUAUUUCAGAUUUGUGAAUGCCCAUUACUCUAUGCUCGAUUGGAAGUUCUCAACAUCUCUGGGAACAACUUGUCUGAUAAAUGUGCAUCUUACCUGUCAACUGUUCUCCGGAACUGCAAAGGUAAAACUCUUGUUACUCAACUCGAUAUCCCUCUAUUAUUAAACGCUGUGGUGGAAAUUUCGACUAGUUCUCUUUGUCCUCAUAGAGAAAUUCCCUGCUUCGCAGCUCUAUAUAGUUUGGACAUAGGGAACUGUUCAAUCACAUCAAGAACAAUUCAAAUGGUUGCUGAUUCACUGGAUUCAGAAUCUGUACUUGAGCAUCUUUCUAUAGGACACAAUCAGUCUGUAUCUGGAAAUGCGUUAGUGAAUCUUUUGACCAAGCUCGCCACUUUAAAACGGUUUCAAGAGCUCAAUCUAACUGGGAUAAAAGUAAGCAAGCCUGUGGUGGAUAGCCUUUGCAGACUUGCCUCCAACUGUUGCUUGUCAGGAUUGCUGCUGGGGAAUUCUUCUAUUGGAACUAAAGGUGCAGUACAGUUGAUUAAGCCAUUAUCCAAGGACACCCAGGAUUUGGUCAGACUCGAUCUAUCAUUCUGUGGGCUUACUGGCAAUUGCAUUACUACACUCAGAGAUGAAGCAUCUUUGGUUAGCGGGAUUCUCGAAUUGAAUCUUGGUGGAAAUCCGAUGAUGAAAGAGUGUGCAUUUGCUGUUCAUCUGAAGGGAUGCAGCCAGUUGGUAUCCAUACUCAGCACUCCUCAGUGUUCUUUUCGAGUUUUGGUCCUCUGUAAGUGCCAACUCAGCCUUGAUGGUCUCAUCCACAUACUUCAAGCACUAUCAGAAAAUCAUUCUCUUGAAGAACUCGAUCUGGCCGACAAUGUGGGUGUAAAUGAAAUCCAAGCUCUAACCGACAUAGAUGAAAACCAGCUCGAAAUUGCCGACAGUGAAGAUGAACUUGUAGAUUCAGAAGCUACUUUAUCCACCUGGAAAAAUAACCCCAUCCACACAACACCUGAGAAAUCAGUUGCCUUUUCAGAAUGCGAGCCCAUACAAAAGCUUUCUGAUUGUAUAAAGAUGGCUGGGAAGUUAAGAUUGCUCAAUCUUAGUGAUAAUGGAUUCCCGCAGGAGAUUGUGGAAUUGUUGUUUUCUGCAUGGUGCACGGGCGCCCGAUUUUGUGUUGGCCGAAGGCACGUUGAUGAAAAGGUUGUCCAUUUCUCGGUUGAAGGGAAAAAUUGCUGUGGCGUUAGGUACUGCUGCAGAAAGAUUUGAGCACCGCUGGAUUUUUGAUGGCUUGAGCCGGAAAGCGUGACAAGAGUUCUGUUGAAUGAUGUAUGAAACAAAAAUUUCAGUUGAACUUAUUUUUAUUUACAUCUGUGAGAUGCUUGAAGAUGUACACGUGAACCAUGGAUUAGGGUGACAGUAAUGUAUGUAAAGGUAGAUUAUUUAUGUAAUUUUAUUGUUCUUAUGUCGUCUCAUCUAUACAGUACUAACGUAGUUUUAUUUAAGUCAGUGUUUUAAAUAGCGCGGAAUGCUAUAGCACAUUUUUAUCCAAAACUGCACUUUCCAUAAAAAUGUAUGCAGUUUACGCUAUA